AUGAGCGACAACGAGAACAACAACAACAACAACGGGAGGGAACAAUUUCAACAGCCUCAUAAAAACUUUCCUCGAAGUAGGAGUGGAACCAUCGUCGAUUCUUCAAAAACUCCAACGACGCAAACGAGACGUGUUUUUGGUGGUUCGUCUGUGUCUGGCCAAUUAAUUUUCCUUAAGAACGACGACGAUUUAGAUAAUUUUGAGGAGGAGGAGGAGGAAAAAAAUACGACACCACCCAAGAAGAACGCGAGCACACAAAAAGAAGGAAAAGAAGAGCAAGAAGAAGAAUAUUCGAACAAAGAAACGGCGACGAGAGAGGACGACCUUCGAGCCGGGAGCAGCGAAGAAGAGGAAGGAAAUACCAUCGCCGUAGAAACGGACGCGCCGCCGCGGGAGUUCAACGACAACGCUACGAUAACGAAAUCGAAAUUAUUGAGCGAGGGGAGCGAGCGUGAAGGAAGUCAGAGAAAGAAACGAGGUCGACCGAGGAAGAACGACGUGUUCGAAGACGUGUUCGAAGACGAAAGAAGAGCGCAAGAGGAGAAGGAUAGACGGGAAGCGAUGCGAGUGCUGUUAGAAGCGGCGGAAAAAGAUGAUACCGAUGGUGCUCGUCAUAUUCAGAAGAAGGCGAAAACGACGACGACAUCGAAUGGUAAUAAGAAGACUUCUUUAAAUAACGCCGUGGAUGUGAAUGAUGCUCAUACCAAGGCUACGAAUGGCGGCGUUGAUAAAGAGGAUGAGAAACUUCGGGGAAGACCGGAUAUUACCGGUAUCGAAAAACUCGCCGCGGAUGCUUUGAAUAAUAUUUUACCGAACGCUUCGACGAGCGAAAGAAUGGCGCACAUCAACACAUUCAUGAAUAAAGGAGCGAGCGGAAAUAACGGACAGACCAAAGCGAGUCAGAAAGGACAACAAGACAAACAGCAACAAGAACUAAAUAAGAACGAAAAAAAUAUCGUCGCUUCGGGAAAAGACUACUCGCGUCUGUUAGAGGAAAAGCGAAACGAGCUCAGUAAGAAAAAGCCAGAAAAAAAAAAACGGAAAAGAGACGACAUUGUCGAAGAUGCCGACAUAUCCGUCGAACAGUCAACUUUGCACAAGACGUAUAAAGAGGCUCUACAGAGAAUGCGAGAAGAGAACGUUCGACAAAGUCGGGACCAGAAACAACCAUCGAUUAAGAGUAAAAGUACCGCUCUCAACGCCGUCACGGCGGCACAAGUCAAACUGCAAAAGAAGAAUGUCGCUGCUGCUGCGGCUGCCGCCAAGGAGGCGAGUAGACAGCAGCACGUAUUGGCACAACAACAAAAGCAACAGCAUGCUUCUUUUCUUCCUCAAACGCAAGAGGAAUUGAAAAAUCUUUUGUUCCUUCAACAAAUCCAAUCGCAAGUUGCGCUUCAAACUCAGCCGCAAGUGAACAUAAAUGCGGCGUUAUUGCAUUUACUCUUGGCGGGUGGCCAAGGUAGUAUCCCUAGCAUCCCUAGCAUUGGUGGUACGGAUCUUAAUCAACCGAUUCAGAAUCUUCUCGCGCCAAACUUACUAAGCAUGUCCGCCGCGCACCUUUCGAACGGUAACGGUUUGCACGGUGGCGGCGGUGCCGGUAUGUCUGGCGCCGACUUUGCGGUUCCACCAAGUCGCUCGUCGCAGAAGAUGAAUAACUCUUCAUCGAAGAAGAAGGAAGAAGGUUCUCGAAAAGGAGCGGAUCACUCGUCAUCAAUACUCAUGCCUUCGGUCAACGCUACCGCGUUUAAGAAACGCAUCCGCGUCGUGGUUGACGAACUCAUGAAGAAAAUUCGAAAGAAGAUUGCUUUGAAACUCGCGCUCUCCGAGGCAGGCAUCGAAAAAGAGUUGAACCUCCUCGAAAGUGGCAGCGAGUUGCACGCGUCGUUAUGUUCCUUCUUUGAGCUCCAUUGA